GUUAUCCGGCGGAAGUGAGGCUCAGACGAAGCAGCUGCUUCACCGGAGGUUAAAAAAAACUUGAAAAACGAAGAGAUUAGAAAAAAAACUUUCAUUUGUUUGCAGUGUUUUCCUGACACGGGCACUCCCGGCGGCCGCAGGAGUCCAUGCGCGGCACACCAAGCCUUCUGCACUGAUAUAAUGGAGGACUCUCAUUUUAAUUCAUCUUAUUUCUGGUCUGGUCUGCCUGUACCCACCGUGCAAGGACCGAUUGAGAAUGCAAUGUUCCUAAACAAAGUGAAGGAACAUCAGGAAAAGAGCUCUACUUCGUUCUCUUCCUCCUGUGCACCCCACUACCAGACCACUCUUCUCACCAUCCCGACUCCCGGGUCCAAGUCAGAUGGAGGAGAGCAGACAACAACUAUCACACACCUCCACCCUCCUCACAGCAGCCCAAAUGUCACGGUACUGCCGGUCCCGUCCACAGGCAUCAUGACAGCAGCUGGUCUGGUCAUCACCACUCCUGCUGGAACACUUGUAAACCCCACUACAUCUCAGUCCUUCAUCCCUGGUAAUCCAGCAACAACAAUAAUGGUUUCUACGCUCCAUUCUCAGGAUAAAAAGGAUGGUGGUGGGAAUUCUCAUGUUCCGAUGACACCUGGUGCCUCGAAAAGAGGCAGAAAACGGAAAGUAACCGUGUCAAGUCCCAUUCCUGGUGGAGGACCAGGAAGUGAAACACUCAUUCUAGCUCAUAUGACAUCUGACAGCAAUGUGAGUGACUCUAAUAUACAAGAGACCUCACCUUUAUUUCUUUUUAACAUGAUAUUUUCUUUUGUGCAGCAGCGGACCGGAGACCCUUAUGAUCUGUCUAAUGAAGACGAAGAUCUGGUACCAAAAGAUAGCACUAAGACGUACAGGUGCCGGAUGUGUGCGGCGACCUUCUUCAGUAAGUCAGACAUGCAGAUCCACUCCAAGUCGCACACAGAGGCCAAACCUCACAAGUGUCCUCACUGCGCCAAGUCAUUCGCCAACUCCAGCUACCUGGCGCAGCACAUCCGUAUCCACAGUGGGGCCAAGCCUUACACCUGCUCCUACUGCCAGAAAUCUUUCAGGCAGCUCAGUCAUUUGCAGCAGCACUCACGGAACCACACAGAGUCAAAGCCACACAAGUGUCCCCACUGUACCAAGUCGUUCGCCAACUCAAGCUACCUGGCUCAGCAUAUACGCAUCCACACUGGAGUGAAACCAUACACCUGCUCGUAUUGCCAAAAGAGCUUCAGACAGCUCAGUCACCUGCAGCAGCACAGCAGGAUUCAUACUGGAGACCGCCCAUAUAAAUGUUCCCAUCCAGGCUGUGACAAAUCCUUCACUCAACUUUCAAAUUUGCAGUCGCAUAGACGUCAACACAGCAAGGACAAGCCCUUCAGGUGCACCAACUGCUUUAAAGGAUACACAGAUGCCACGACUUUGGAAAUCCACAUGGCCACACACACAGUGAAGCAUGCCAAGAUUUACUCGUGUGGCCUCUGCAAUCGCUCCUACACAUCGGAGACGUACCUGCUGAAGCACAUUGAGAAACACAAUCCUGACCAGAUGACAGCUGCUGCAAUUAAAAGAGAACAGCGAAAUCAACAGAGCCAAAACUCAAGCCAGGUUGGAGCUCAAAGUCGAGUGGAGGGCACAGACGGUGUGCCAAGUCGAGGAGAGGGGGGACAGAACCAGGGCAGCUACAGCCAAACGGAUUCUAUUUCUUGCCCCUUCGACCUGCAUCAAUACAAAACGGUGUCUGCGAGCGACAUCCAGUACAAACCAGUCCCAGUGUCUGACAUCACUUCCCAUAAAGACCUUUGCCUAACUGUGUCAGCAUCCACCAUUCAAGUGGAGCACCUCAACUCCUAGUGGUGAUAGGAGGCAGGACUCGUUCUCUAGAUAGCUUAUUUUUGGUUUGUUUUUAAGAUAUACAUUAAUCAAUUGAAGAGUCAACAGGAAAAAAAAGCAAUAAGAAGCUUGACACUACCACCAUGAACCUCAGUUGUAAACAAACAGCAUCAUGAAGUCUCACUUGUUUACUAUAGCUUCAUAUGGACUGCGUGAGCGUUCAAGAAAAAUAUGAUGCUUUUGACCACGGCAUCUUUCUCCAUGUUCUACGAUGAACUCAUCUGUAGCAACCGAGGACACUGUCCUUGACACUGUCGUGAAACAAAACUUUUAAUUGUAAUACUUUCAUACUGAGACUUUCUUUCCUACAUCAGUGUUAAUAUCUUUUACUAUAUUGUAAAAUACUGUGUGUUUUUUACAUGACAUAAGGGAUAUGAGAAAUUUCCUUUUCAGGAAUUGUAAAAAAAAAAAAAUGCUUAUGCACUCAAUGUAUGCUUCCAUUUAUCAUAGGGUCUGUUGCCAUUUAGACGUGUACACAGGACUUCAUGAGAUGAGCUGCUCAUGUUGCGUGUAAUCCUAUUCUACUGCAUCCUGUGUCUCAAAUGUCCCUCGAGGUAUUUCACUGUCGGGUUAGCAAAAUUUGACUCAUUUACACUUUCAAAUGCAUUUUUUUCCCCAGCUCAUAGUACAAUAAAACCAACUGAGGUUUUGGCUGCUGCUUUUCUUACUGUUCCUUGUUCAUUUAGAAUUAUGUUUCGUGAUUGCAGU